GGUUUUGCAAUUUGCUCACUGAGGUUCGAGGAAUGCAAGUUCCUGUCUUGCUAGUGGCUCUGCUGAGUGUGUGUCUCUUGGACUACACUAAGUGUGGAUGGUGUAACCAUCUCCCUGAAUGGCGAGCCUAUUCCAAACAAUAACAUAUCAAAGAGAAGUGUGUACGACUUUGAGUUUGUGAGUUCAAAUGGUGAUUUCGACAGAGCUAUGAGGUGUCAGUCUGAACUGUCUGUGUCUGAAGUUUCUCAAUUUACUACUGCAUGUCAUGUCGCUGACGGAGAUAGUCCAGUACCUUGUCUUUGGCCAGACUAUGAGUACAUAGGACUUAGUAAUGCUGUCGAUAGUAUAACUCGAGGAUGGAGUGGAAUGAGAGUACCUAAUGAAGGUGGUCGUAGAGCUCAUUACUUGUGGAGAAGAUGGGAAACUCCAGAGGAAGGAUAUAUCAACUGUCAUAUGCUUGAUGACAUUAAUCCUGUAUUAGGACUGUACAUCCUCUACCCCAUCACUGAGGUAACUGCAGCUAUUGAGGUGGAGGCGGAAACAUCGACAUUCAGAGUGAGGUGUACCUCCACUGGUGGGAGAGCUCUGAACAUGACUGUCUCUGGACCUAAUGGAUUCAACUCUGACAUCAGUACCAACAUACAGGCAGUGGGUACUAGGAGGUACCUGGGCAGUGACAGAUACACUGCCAUGACAGAUGUCAUAUCCAGUGGCAGAGUUGGAGAUGUAUUCCAAUGCAAUGUCACUAGUGUUACAUCAACAACUGCUAAUGUAACUGUAGGAGCUGUCAUAACCUCACUGGAGCAAACAGCUCCCACUACUGUUAGAGUGACCUGGUCUCCAAUACCAGAACAACUCCCAGUGUCGUACAGAGUACACUAUCUCCUAGCUGGGGGAACUGGUGGAAAUGGGACUAAGACAGUUAGUGGAAACACAUCU